ACACACACACACACACACACACACACACACACACAAAAAUACAGACACACAAAAAACGCUGUAUCCCUCUCCUCACGCUCUCCCCCAUCCCAUCUGCCCCGUACCUCCCCCUCCCUCGGCAAGUGAGUGUCCCGGGCGUAGCCACCUAGUCUGGCCAGAAGCGCAGCGCCCACUGCUCAAGGGAACCCACGCAUAACACGAGAGACCUCCGCGUCUGCAGCGGGACCGAUAGUCCCAGCACCGGGGAUCUCCAGCACCCCACCCCCGCCCCGCUCGGCCACGACAAGCAGAGCCGCCACCCCAUCCAAACCCGAGGACCCCGCCACCUCUAUGAGAGACGGCGACGCGGGGCAAAGGAGCAGGACGCCUGGCAGCCGGACUCCCCCGCAAGUGUGCGGCGCCCGCUCCGCGUCCGCGCCGCGAUCACUCGGGAAGCCCGAUGCCAGCGCCGCGCUUCGGCUGAGAGGGGACAGGGCGGGUUUCUCCCGCUCGUCCCGGAUCCGGUCUCCGCAGCGGCUGCGCGUCCCAGCCGGGGCUCCGCCGGCCAGGGAGUGAGUCGCAGCGACAGGAGAACCAGAGCGGCGGCCCGGGGUUGACCCGGGCAGGGAAAGGAGGGACGGAGCGGGGGGAGGGCGCAGGGGGCGGGGAGGGGACCCCGGAGGAGAGAGAUGACAAUGUCUCUCAUCCAAGCGUGCCGCAGUCUGGCUCUCUCAACAUGGCUGCUUUCCUUUUGUUUCGUGCAUCUGCUCUGCCUGGACUUCACCGUGGCGGAGAAGGAGGAAUGGUACACCGCCUUCGUGAACAUCACCUAUUUAGAGCCGGAGCCCGGGGCCGCGGUGGCGGGCAGCGGUGGCGGCGCGGAGCUGCACACGGAGAAGAGCGAGUGCGGGCGAUACGGAGAGCACUCGCCCAAGCAGGACGCGCGCGGCGAGGUGGUCAUGGCCAGCUCGGCCCAAGACCGCCUGGCUUGCGACCCCAACACCAAGUUCGCCGCGCCGGCCCACGGCAAGCACUGGAUAGCCCUCAUCCCCAAGGGCAACUGCACGUACAGGGAUAAGAUCCGGAACGCGUUCCUGCAGAACGCCUCCGCUGUGGUCAUCUUCAACGUGGGCUCCAACACAAACGAGACCAUCACCAUGCCCCACGCAGGUGUAGAAGACAUCGUGGCUAUAAUGAUUCCUGAGCCCAAAGGGAAGGAGAUAGUGAGCCUGCUGGAAAGGAACAUCACCGUGACGAUGUACAUCACCAUCGGCACCCGGAACUUGCAAAAAUAUGUGAGCCGCACGUCGGUUGUGUUUGUCUCCAUCUCCUUCAUUGUCCUGAUGAUCAUUUCUCUGGCAUGGCUGGUCUUUUAUUAUAUCCAGAGGUUUCGGUAUGCAAAUGCCAGGGACAGGAACCAGUACACGAUAGCUACUGGUCAGGACUGGCAGCUUUACCGGCGCCGACUGGGAGAUGCAGCAAAGAAAGCCAUCAGCAAGCUCCAGGUCAGGACCAUCAGGAAGGGUGACAAGGAAACAGAGUCUGAUUUUGAUAACUGUGCAGUCUGCAUAGAGGGGUACAAGCCCAACGAUGUGGUCAGGAUCCUGCCCUGCCGGCAUCUUUUCCACAAGUCCUGUGUUGACCCCUGGCUUCUAGACCAUCGCACCUGCCCCAUGUGCAAGAUGAACAUUCUUAAGGCCCUAGGGAUCCCGCCCAAUGCUGACUGCAUGGAUGACUUGCCCAUUGAUUUCGAGGGCUCUCUAGGAGGCCCACCCACCAAUCAAAUCACAGGAGCCAGCGACACAACUGUCAAUGAGAGCUCAGUCACUCUGGACCCUGCUGUACGGACAGUGGGGGCCCUGCAGGUGGUCCAGGACCCAGACCCUGCUCCUCAGGAGGGAGAAGCCAUCUUUACAACUAACAGUGAUCAAGAGCCAGCAGUGAGCAGUGACUCUGACAUCUCAUUAAUUAUGGCACUGGAAGUGGGCCUGUCUGAUGUAGAACUUUCCACUGACCAAGACUGCGAGGAGGUGAAAUCUUGAGAUGGUAGAAAUGGACAAGAGAAGACAUAGGAACCCGGGGGACAGGAGGACAGCAUGCUCCAAGGAUUGAACUGGAUACAGGACCUUCAGAUCACCAUGGCAACCCCAGGGCACUCUGUUCAAGGGUGGUAACGAAAGCAAUAUCCAAAGUCUCCCGAGUCAGGACGCGGGUUCCCAUCUCUGCAACAACAGCCUGUGGCCUUGAUGUGGAAGUUGAAAGCUGAAUUUCUUGGUGUCUGUGUAGACGUGCAGCAGACUGGAAGGAGAACUCCACAGUUUCUUCACUUGACUUCAGCCUCUCCCAUCUUCUUGCUCUUGUUUGGGAAAAAUGGUUUCAUUCCCUUGGCGAUUUCUUUUUAAAGUUGAUGUGUAGUUUACAUCGAUCGAUUCCCUCAGUUUUCCCUUUGAUCCACUCCAGCCCAUGUACAGAGGUCUGCUUAGAAGUUCUGGUUGCUGCUCCUGUGAUUGGUUUAUGCCACGUCUUGAGAUUCAUAGUCACGAGUUAUCAAUAUGACGUGUGUAUGACUUUGAGGAUUGCCUCGGCACCCUGAAACAGUGGAAGGGCAGAUUUUAUCAAGUGUCUAAAGCCCUCCUCUAGGUGGGUCUUGGCCAGUCCAGCUGCCAGACAGCCACACUAACUGAUCUGCUGAGCUGCUUGCUGGCUAUUUUCCACUCCACUACAUAGGCUUCCACUUGCCAUGCUCUGUCAGGGGCCAUCUUAGCAGGAGAGAACUGUCAGGGAGGAAUGCAGGUCCUCUGACUUGAGGGCCUUAGUCUAAAACUCAGAAUUCCCCCAAAGGACACCAUAACAAAGUUCAGAGUAUGUGGAACUAUAAGCCUAGUUUAACAAACAAACAAACAAACAAACAAACAAACCUGAUACCCUAUCUUCCCAGGGUAGGGAAGACUCCUGACUCCCUGAUUUCCUCCAAGGCCUUAGCAGUUUAUCACCUUCAUAAAUGAAUUCCACGGGUACGAGGUAUAGAAAAGAUGCAAUCAGUUUUUAGGUCACUGGCAUCCAGGUGUAAGCUUAUUUCAGGAACUGUCCUGUUAACCCUCACCAGCCUACAUGGAAAGAUCUAAAUAAGUCCUUAACAGUUUCUCGAGUCUUCUGAGAGCAUUUGGGUAUCAAGAGGAGAAUGAGGUAUGAUCUGAUAAAGUCUGAAUCAAAAUGUGAAUCAUGGGAAAUUGCUAAAUUGAGUUUCCUCUGAGAGUGAGAAUCAAAUAAGAUUAAAAGGAAAAUAACAAAUGAUUAUCAAAACCCACCGUACUAUAAAGUGGUUUAUGAUUUUAUUCUCUUUUUGUCUGAAACAAUAACAAAAGUGUUCUGUCUUUUGAGUAGACAGUAUUGUGAUACAUGCAGCAAUUCCAGGGGCAUAGGUGGCCACCUGUGUCCCUCUGGACAAUCAGAAGGAUCUCUUCCUCCUCCUCCUCCUCCUCCUCCUCCUCUUCCUCCUCCCUAGCAGUUGGCAAGGUCAUACAGAACAGGGAUUAUCCAGGAAAGCAAGCUCUUCCCACUGAGCUGUAUUUAUGUAUUUGAUUUGAGCUUUUCCACCUCAUUACACUAAUAUCUUUCAAACAUUUGUGAGCUGUAAAUCCAUGCUGCCCACUGGAAUUUUGAGUCCAGGGCGAUGGAAUUCUCCACUGCUCCUUUUCCUUCCUUCCUUCCUUCCUUCCUUCCUUCCUUCCUUUCUACUUUUAAUGCGUUCCUAUUCGAUGGUAGAGAGCAAGGCAAGGAAAAUGAUAACAAGCUUCAGAAAAAUCCCCUUUGUCAAAGGUCUAGCACAUCCCAUAAUUAACACCAGGCUCUAAGGCCUGAGAUGCUUCGUAGCAAAGAAGCAGGUGAGUGCUAAACCAGACUCUCUCCAAUGAAGUUUCAAAGAUGAGUCUCACUGUCCCCUCUGUCUCAGGUGACACAUCUGCACUUCUCCAGGGGGAUCUGUGUUGUGAAAACAACUGAGUCACAAAGGAAAUUUUAAUAUUUAGUCUAAUGGCAUUGGGGUAAUUCAACAACAAGAGAAAUACAAAAUUACAUUGCAUGACCAGACAGAAAAAGAUCUGGUGGGUGUUUUCUGGCCAGUGGCCAGGUAAACGCUGAUUAUAUAAGCAAGCCCUUGACCUAAUACCCUACAGGAUGCUAAGUGAACGGUAAGGGGCCCAAGAGGCCCACCCUUAGCCUGUUGAUCUGACUCCAAGGAGACCCUGUGGCAAACUCCCUGAGCCUUUGACAGUCUCUGCUUACCAAAGAGUUUUGAAGGGCUUCCCUGUGACCUUCAUGGCAAAAGAAAGAUUAACAAGCAAGUUUUUCCUCUUGAGAUAACUGGCAAAGCUCUUACUAUAGACAUUGCUGCUGCCUUCCGUGAUGAGGAGACCCUGACCUGAGGACCCAGUGAGCCACACAUGGCUAUGCAGCCCAGGAAUGCCCACUGAAUAUGCAUUUACAGGCAUGCAUUUUUCUGGAGCAAGUGGUGCGCCAACUCUGUCCAGCAGAAAUACAGCCCAAGUCACAUGCAUUUUCUUCUAACUCCUGAUAGCCACAUUUUAAGAAGCAAAAAGGAAACAGGCGGAAAUUAUUUAAUAGUAGUUUAACCUACUAUUAUUAUUGUUUUGAUGUGCAAAUAAUGUAGGGUGUCAGGAAAACAUUUUCCUCUAUUCUUUGUUACCUAUUCUAAAUCUGCUGUCUUUUACACGCCUAGCACAUCAUAAUUUUUACUAGCCACAGUUCAAGCUUUCCGUAGCCACAUGUGCCUAGUGGCCACCAGCUGGGCAGCACAGCCCAAGAAAUGUUCCAGAAUCCUUACAAGUGCUCCUGACUCUGACCGAAGAAAAAGGAUAAGAUUACCUCAGUUUUUCCCCAAAAGAAAAACUGACUUUAGCCAAGUUACCUAAGGAGACCACCAGGGAUGUUCUUACUUCAUAAGUAAUAGCAGUUCAAAUAGCCUUUAUCAACUUUCUAAACACAGUGUCCACUGUCCUCAGCAACUGUUGCUUCUCUGAUGAGUUGUUUGUUAAAAAAACAACAAGACAACCAACCAUGCUGAUUUGGUGCUGAAAUAAAAUUACACCCUCACUUUUAUGACAAACCCUGAGACUCAUGUGUGAGACUUAUACCCCUCACUUCUAUGACUAAUCCCAAGACUCUUAGCCAAAGAGAAUUUACCUCAACCCAUAGUUCUUCCUCCCUGUGGCUGCCCCGUUCUAGAGCAGUAGAACUCAGAGACAGGAAAGGCACAGGGAACCACAGGCCAAGCCACAUACCCGGUCUGUGUGGCAUUGCCGAGAAAGGAUCUCUGAGCUUGUGGCCAUCCAGCCCCUAUGUGGUAAAUAGCGAGCAGCUUUCUCUUUAGCUUUGUCCAAGGUUGAGAGAGGAAAAGAGCCCUGAACUCCCUCAGAGUCACUUUCAGAAUGGCUUCCUCCUGCGUGGUUAGUCCUUCUAAAGGGCUGCUGCCUCCUAAGAACAGUCUUUGAGCAAAGCUCCUUGGGUCUGGCAGGGCCUUCAAGAUCAGUUCUGGUCAAACACCCAAGGGAUGGAUAUAGUAUGGAGACAGGAGAUGAUAAAGGUAUCAGAGGCAGUCAGGCAAUGGUGGCGCACACCUUUGAACCCAGCACUCAGGCAGGUGGAUCUCAGUGAGUUUGAGGUCAGCUUGGU